CGUCCGAUUAUUUAUAUAAAAAUUCAUUGGCAUGCUUUUACCGCAACUUAUAGAAAAAAUAUUUGAGAAGUACGAAAAGUUACGGCAGGAACAAAAGUUUACUCCUGCUACACAAAAACAAAUAUUUGUUGAGUUGAAUGCUGUUUUUGGUGACACUUUGAAGCGUGCUUUGGGAAUCCUCGACGAACAAAUUAUAUUGAUAUACUCUACGGAAUCAGAAAUAAGGGAAAUUGUGGAAAUCGCGGAUAGAAAUAAUUCGGCUCAAGUUUAUAAAUUGUUUUCAGGCAUAAAUUUUUGCCCUUGUAAAUAUUUUGCAAGCAAUGUGCUAAAAGUCAAUAUAUUGAAUAUUUCGCCAACAUAUUCUUUUGACAAUUCACAAAACACAGACCAGGCUUACACUUGUGAGCACGUUCUAGCAUUGCGGCUAGCCAAACUGCUAUGCUCCUCUUGUGUACGUAAAGAGAUUUUAGUGGCCAAUAAGUUUAAUUUUUUGUUGCAGCAAAUGUGUAUUGACGAUUUUUAAUGCAACACUCAAAAAUUCUUUAUGAAAAAGGAAUUCUAAAAAAUUUGAACAUGCUCACGCAAUCACAAUACUCUAAUUUUAAAUUUGUCGGACGUUUGGAUAACAUCAAAACAUUUUAUUCAGGUAUUAAAGCUUUAAAUUUUGGAGAGUACGGAUCGUUUCAAAUUACUGAUGAUGGUUUUCGAGUUACUGUAGAAAAUGGCAAAACGAUACAAGCCAGUUUGUUUAUUACCAUGUCGUGUUUUUCAGAAUAUCACGUCGAUGGCAUUGUAAAUUUCAGCAUAAAUAUGAAUGUUAUAUCAGAGUGUUUGGGUAUAUUUUCUGCCACUAAUUGUAGUAUAAAGAUGUUUUACAAAGGUCACUCAGCUCCACUCAUAAUAGUGCUUGAACCACAUGAUGAAGAUAAUAUCACAACGGAAUGCGCAAUUAAAACGACAAACUACGAGGAGCCCAUCGAUUUUUCAUUAGAUGAAGAUAAUCCUAGUCUUAAUGUUAUUUUUAUACGCGGACCAGAUUUAUCAAACAUUUUUCAUGAGCUGGAUAAAGCCGCUGAAGAAAUAGAAAUAACCUUAUCACCUAGACGACCACAUUUCAAAAUUGAUACUUUGGGGGUAAUGCAAUCUGAAGCUAGUAUAGAAGUUGCAAAAACAAGUGAUAUGAUGAUGUUAUUUAACUGUCGUGAAACAACAACUGCUCGUUACAACAGCUCUCAAAUUCGACUUACACUGAAAGCUUUGUCCGUUGCAAGUAAAGUAGCUAUCAAAACAGAUUCCAGUGGUUUGCUUGAAAUGCAUUUUAUGAUGCAAUCAGAAGACCGAGCAGAAAUGUAUGUACAAUUUUAUAUAACUCCACAAGCGGAUGUUUGAACUAUUUUUAUGUUAUGAUAUAAAUUUUUUUAA